GAUAUCAUCUCAGGCAUGUUCUGGCUCAACGGAAUGGCACAGCAGCUGACAUGACAAGGCUGCAAUGAUGACUACCAGCCUCAGGAUUGCCAAAGACACACCAUAGGAAGGAGCUUUUCAGUUCGCGUUUGUUAUGACGGCGAUGCCCCACGAUACCAUGAGUCCGAGUAGGGCCCCUCCUCCUUUACUUUUCAUCGUGGGCGAUUCCCAGAAUCCGUCAAAGAGCUGGGCGAAACGAUCGCAUGUCUCUUCCCGUUACAAAGUCUGGAACAAGGCCAAUCACAGAGACCUCGCUCUCGACUCGACCACGAGGGCGAUAUUGAACGACAGAUGUUCGCCUCGCAACAGCUCAUCCCCGCAAACCCGUGCGUCGAAGUUGACAGAAAUUUCGGCUGUCGAUCGCACUGAUGAAUGUGCCGAUGCUGAGCCCACUACCCUAGCACGAAAGACUGACACAUCAAAUUCGACAUAUCCGGACGACAAUGUGGUCGUGGUCGUCAAGCCAUGGGAGCCCGCUCUCAGAGAUUACGAGGACUGGGUUGCCUCCCCCUUGUCUAUCCUUGGAUCCCAAUUCUUCGACAUUUUCACGCCAUCUGCUUCAGUGAGAUAUGAUGUCGAGAUCAAAUCGAACGUGUACUUCUACUUCAAAACUAUCAUGCCAUUUGCCUCGCAUCUGCUACAUUCAUGGACCUGGUUCAACAAUCUAGCUCAAAUUCAGGCAUCACCCUGCCUCAUCUAUGCAAUUGCGACAUAUGCUUCAGUAUUUCUUUCUGGGAUGCUCCGAGGUGGCCGAGGCGUUGUGCUGCCGCCACCCACCGAAAAGUGCAAGACCUCGUCAUGGCAAAUGCCACCGUGGCUGCGACUUCAUACGAAAUGCCUGGCUGAGCUGAACACCAUCUUAGCCGAUCCGGCUCAAGUAGUCGACGAAUCAUGCUACCAGACUGUCUUGUUCUUGUAUCGACUUUCGGUGCUCUUAGCGGAUGGGGAGAGUGGCAGGAUGCACCUUCGAGCACUUCAACGAAUGUCAGCACUUUUGAACCUUGAUCAGGCUGCCCUCGACGCAGAACUUGCUGUAUCCAAAAUCAACAUCAUUGGCGCUUUCCUCCACAGCCGCUCGAUCGUUCUUGUCAGAAAACCCAGCGACGAAUCUGGCGGACGCUUCAAGGAAGUGGUCGAGAUUGACAGGAGGUACUGGAGAUCAGACCGUGAAUGGUACUCUCAUCGGGCAGGUCUUGCAGGCCGCACCUUGACCUGGCGCCCUGAGAGUCCCAGCUCAAGUUUGCUGCCAGAAAGUGCAGCUGCUAUCGCUCGCAUGGACCCCAACAGCAGCCAUUUCCUCAGCGCGCGAGAACAUCGCGAGAUACAGAGAUGCUACCAGAUUGGCCUGUUCUUUUGGAUGUACCUAAAUUGCAUCAAUUUCAACACGGCCUCCCUCAUCGUCCGCUCCAACUUGCUGGAGCUACAAUAUCGACUCUCGAAUAUGGAUCUACCCACGAUGAGCCGGGCCUGCCAUACCACCCUUUUUAACAUUCUGUUGGGCGGCAUGACCGCUGCUCGGUGCAAGCCUGAGCGACAAUGGUUCACUCAACAGAUUGUCUCCUUAUAUCCCAACAUACAACGCUUGGACACUAUUUGGCAGUUGGUGGCAGAGUUCUACGAUCCCCUGUCGAUCAACUUCAGAUUCAUUGAGGAGGUCUGGGAAGACAUCGUUGCAGUAACAAUGGCCACAGCCGCAUCCCCGCCUCCCCAGGGCAAGGAAUUGGUCACCCCGAUCAAGCAUUUCCGACCAACUUCAUAUUCACCAGAUUUGACAAAGCCACUUCCUGUAUUUGAGGUCCAGGACUUGGAAGAGAUCACUCUAGAGAAGAGCCUACACAAAGCGCCAAAAUUGGUACCUGAUAUUUCUUGACUUGUACAACUCAGCCAACUUGGAAUGUGGACGGCAAGCGAAAAAAAACCAUGGAAGGAUGGGACGCCCAUGCUCUUCAAAUCGCCAUUUUCACCUCCAAGCCAAGUGCGCUCUGACUUUACCAUGAAUCUACCAUUACCUCUUUCAUACGUAAU